AUGGGCGAAUCGCAGGCACCGGCCGCCGGACGGCCGCCGCAGCUCUUCUGCGGCGACAUCGACAUCCGCAUCGCGGGCGACGGCACCUGGUUCCAUGAAGGCUGCCCCAUCGGCCGCCUGCCCCUGGUCAAGCUCUUCGCGAGCGUGCUCAGGCGCGAGGACGACGACUACUGGCUCGUCACUCCCGUGGAGAAGGCACGCAUCACUGUGGAUGAUGUCCCCUUCAUCGCCGUAGAGAUGGAGGCCGAAGGCGAAGGCCAGGCGCAAUGCGUGCGCUUCCGCACCAACCUGGACGAGUGGCUGAGCCGCAGCAGUGCGGCGGCACAGUUGCGCAAGAUGCCGUGGGUCAGGCUGCUCGGCAGCGGCCUCGUGCUGGGGGCGGCGAGCCUGGUGGCGCUCGCGAUGAUCGGCGGCAGCGACCCCGAGGGCACUUAUGUGCCGGCAAGCAUCGUGGACGGCGAGAUCGUGCCCGGUGAGGUCGUUGACUGA